AUUAGCUGCAAGGCCCGGUACCGAUGGUGUCAGGGGCUGAGUGGUACCUCGAGCUGAAGCCUUGUUGCUAUUAAACAGGUUUUGUGUACAUGAGCUUUGAUUCUUCGAUAAAAAGGCUGAUAAGAGCAGUAUUAUUGGUCAUCUGAGGUAAUUUACAUAAGCCAAGGCACACUCAGUCAGUCGCUACUCAGGACAGAGUUGCAGCCCCUAAACAAAGAUGUUGUCAUCUUUGAUCACCAUCACAACACUGCUUGCACUGUCGAAUGCUCAGUCAUGGGUACCCUCUGGCGAUCUUCCCGUGGACUUCACCCUGACGUUCUCAGCCCCGGAAAUGGUGUAUGACGUAUGUAAUCGUAAUUUCACUCAAAGUGCUAGGACUUUCACUGUCGCCACCACGGGAGUCGCGGUAACUCCUGGUGAGACUGCGAACGAUCCGACUGCCAUGACUAUUACAGGUGCAUCUUCAGGUGACAUGUUUACCAUCUUAAUGGUAGACCCAGACACCCCUUCUGCGAACGUAGGCACGACAGAAAAGCCACUGCUCCACAUGAUCAUCACAAACAUAACGAAUGCAGACCCGAGUACAGGAGCAGUCCUUGACCCGUACCGAGGACCCAUGCCCCCGCCCUGCUCGGGUGACCACACCUACCACUACCUCCUGCUCAGACAGACGGCCGCCUUGUCUCUGACCGUGGAUGACCUCCCAACGUACACCCCGGAUUGCAGCCUUGCUAACCUCGCCGGCAGGUGCCUUUUUGAAGUGGCAAACUUCAUCUCUUCUAACCAACUGACCCCAGUCUGUUACGUCACCAUGGUAGCAGCUACAGACGGAUAUGUUCGCUACAACUACGUUAACGACAGAGGUAGGUUCUUUAUAUUUCAACGCAGGCUGCCUUCAUCCAAGCACUGUACUUGAUGUGCCCAAAUCGUAUCCUUUGCAUAUACGGAAAAAGUGUUUUCACUGACUGUUAUCAUAUUAUCCUAGUAACAAACGUAACCAAUUUCCAAACUUCGGCGACAGUAUCACAUCUGCUAUCGCGAGAGGAAAUUUAAUGAUAGCUUGCGCGAGUGAGGUGAAAACGAGGGCGGGACGGUAUUGGCAGUAGGUCUUCCUUUUGGCAUUUGGGUUUUGCGAUUCUAGUAUAGGUCCCAGAUUGUACUAACGCGAGAGAAAUGUUCUCUGAGAAUGAAGAUUGUCCUUAUCAUUAAUCACAUGUCUCUUUUAUAAAUCAUACAACUGUUACAAAUAAAAGAAGACGAUAUUGAAAAGUUUGAUGGGGUAAAGCUGCUACUAUCCUGCGUUUACACAAUUUUUUUGCAAGGAGGCGGUGAGAUGGCGGCUGGUUAGACCUAGUAUUGUCUACAUAUUAGGUUAAAUUAUCUUGUGAUUUCUUUGGACAGGGAUGAGCGAAGCAGAUUCUUGCCGAGGACUUGAUGGGUACG